AAUAACCCAAAUUAUGCGCUAAAAAGGGGUUGAUUAUAAUGCACAAAAUAAAGCUAUUGAUCAUUUUAUAUUUUGUUCACCAGUAUAGCCUAGACCAUUGAAAAUAUGAGUCUGAACGAUUCUGCAUAUUUUUGAACGUAUUGUUUUCUUAAUUACGAGAAUUUAUUUUCAUAAAACAUUCUUCGUCAUACAGUAUAGACACUUCCUUUUUACACUUCUAGACAUAUUUCAAUUAUAUGCUUGAACAUUUAAAAAAAACAAUGGCCAAAUUCCAGGAAUUUCACCAGGAAAUUGAAAUCGCUAGAUUUAACAGAUCUAGAUAUCUUGAUCGGAGUGAAACAAAAAGGGAACAUUCGUCAUCAUCAUUUCUAAACUACAUUAUGCUUCUACUACCACUUGAAAUAAUAUCCCAAAGACGUUAUUCUAAGAAGUCAACUAUUUCACACAAAUACAAAUAUAUACUCGAGUUACGAUCUUUUUUAACAUUCUGCAACAACCAUCCUCACAAUGAGGCAACAACAGGCCUCACUAACGCGUUGGUCUUCAACGUUAGUUUUGACAAUACAUGUAGUUGGCCUUAUAAAUUGCUCAGUAUAUACUUUGCCGAAAAAGGCACCCGAGAUGCAAGUGAUCAAAGUACAUCAGUUACAAAACAACGGUAAUUCAAUUGUGUUUAGAGGUUAAGAAACACAAGGACAGUCAUCCGCGCAAACAGUCGCUGGGGGAGGCAAUGGCGGAACAAGAGCUUAUCGUGUUGUUGGAAAACAGUAUACCAAAAAGAGGCGAAAUACUUCGAAAGCUAAAAGAUCAAAAGUAAGUCAUUAUGAUAUCUCAUUUAACCUCUUGAAUACCCAGAGUGACGGAUAUAUCCGUCACAAAUGAAAUAAGACUGGUGCCCAGAGGGACGAGAAAAUCCGUCACAAAAUUUUUCACAAAAAUUGCUCUCAUUUGAACAAUUUUCAUCCAAUUUACACAAAAAUUGUUUUAAAACGAGUAGAAAUGAUCUCUGCCGUCCAAUUUUACUAAGCUGAGCAUCUAAAGUUGUAUAGGUAUGUAA